UUUCUUAUUAACUCUAUCCUCUGAAACACCUCCCUCCGUCUGCAACUGCAAACCAUAAACAACUUCCAAGCUCUCGUCGAGAAGCACCUCCUCUCUCUCUCUCCAACUUCCUCACAUUCAUAUAUCCCCCAGUUCAAAUUCAAGCUCCAAAAUUUGCAGCCAGGUCAAUGUGGUAUGCUGUCUCUGCCCCAAACUAUUGCAUAUCGUAUCCGAGAAGACCUUGCAGCCCUCCUUCUCUAAGGAAGUAUUCGGUUUCCACAAGUUUUCGCGUGAAAGCUUCCUUACCGGAUAAUACCAAUGGCGCUAAAGUGGAGUACACUCCUUGGCUGAUUGUUGGAUUGGGUAACCCUGGCAACAAGUACCAUGGGACUAGGCACAAUAUUGGUUUCGAGAUGAUUGAUGGUAUUGCUAAAGCAGAAGGCAUUGCGAUGAAUACAAUACAGUCGAAGGCCUUGAUUGGAAUAGGCUCCAUUGGAGAAGUACCAAUUUUGUUGGUGAAGCCUCAAGCCUACAUGAAUUAUAGCGGAGAAUCGGUUGGACCACUUGCGGCAUAUUAUCAAGUACCCCUACGCCAUAUUUUACUGGUUUAUGAUGAGAUGAGCUUACCAAAUGGUGUUCUGAGGAUUCAGCCAAAAGGUGGACAUGGCUAUCACAAUGGUGUAAAAAGUGUAAUGGGCCAUCUGGACGGUUGCCGUGAAUUUCCUCGGCUGUGUGUAGGUAUUGGAAAUCCACCUGGAACUAUGGACAUGAAAGCCUAUCUUCUACAGAGAUUCAGUACAGUCGAGAGACAUCAGAUUGAUGCAGCACUGGAUCAAGGGGUUGAAGCUGUAAGGACCCUGGUGCUGAAUGGAUUUGACCAGAGCAUCACUAGUUUUAAUUUGAGGCAGAAAUACAAAUAUCACAAAGUGUAAUUUGCACAAAUCCUUUUGUGUGUCACAUUUUUCUUCUGAAACAGGUUUGUAAUCUGCAUAAUAUUGAUGCCAUGGCACCUUAGAUUUUCA